ACAGUGUACUUUCUCUUUGUAACUAACUGUUUAUUAUUUACAUUCCUUUUGUUAGGACCCAGCAUUGGUCCAGCUAAUGUCUCAUUUGUUAGCUACAACAAAACCACUUUCAACAUUUCGUGGGCACCUUUAACAAGAGAGAGGAGUUAUGGCAAAGUUAUCUUGUAUGAUGUCAAGGAAAAGUUGCUACCAAGAGGAAAACGUCACAAAAGAUCGUCCGGCAGUAGCAGAACAUUAAAUACAACAGCAACAUUUGUUGUUCUGUAUGAUUUGCCUCUUUGUUCCCGGUACGAUGUGUCUGUUAGAGCUUACACUAAAGCAGGUCCUGGAUCCUAUACUCAACCUAGAGUAUUGGAAACAUCAAAACCGGGAGCACCCAGUGACUUAAGAGCAACAAACUCUGGAUCAACUGAGGUGACCCUUGAAUGGACAGAACCAAAAGUUACCACAAAGGAAGGCCUGAGCUACAUUGUGAAGUACUGUGGAACAAAGUCUUACGAUAAAAAAUUUAAAGACACAGGUGAUAAAAAUGUAGAAAGGUCAACAAAAUACACAGUUAUUGGUUUGGCACCAGGUUCUAUCUACCAGUUCCAGGUGUAUGGAACGUCUGUUUGUGGGCAGAGUUUUCCCAUUGAAUUGAAAGUUGAAACGAAAAUUGCCACUCCGAUAGCUCCAGUUGAAGGUAAUGUAACUGAUGUGACUGUCUCAGAGUCAGUCGCUGGAAUUUAUCUGUGGCCUGUGGAACAAAGGAAUGGUCCAAUAAGUGCCUAUCAAGUUAUAGUUCUGAAAGUUGUUGGUGGAGCAGAAAAACUUCCAGACGAUUAUGAUUCAAAAUUGAACGAUUCAUAUAACGCCAACAAAGAAAACCUGAACUUUUACAUUACUGCUGAGAUUCAAAAUGUUCCCGUGUACCAGAAAUCUUGGGAAUUUACUGUUGGUGAUGACAAGACGUAUGAAGGUUUUGUUAAUAAAGCACUUGAAAGAGGAGAAGCGUAUGUCAUCUUCCAAAGAGCUGUGACCCGAGAAAAUGACGGGACUUUGGCUGGAGUUCCCAGCAAGGUUGCCAAAAUUUCUGUCACUUCCAAAGAUGUUGGAGCAACAGAAGAAUCCAAGAGUUCGGGGUCUCCUAAUGCCGCGGCUAUAGCUGUACCUGUGGUCCUGUUGCUACUUAUUAUACCAGCAGUUGUAGUUGCAGUGUUUUGGUAUCGGAGGAGGAAGCAGUCAGAAAGAACACGCGACAGAGCUAGAAGGACUCCUGUUGAACUUGAUGAGCUUAAAAAUGAUUCACCAGAUUUGACUGCAAGUACAUCAAAUUUGGUCUAUCAGAAUGUGGCUCAACUCCAGCAACCUGCAAAAGCUGUUGACAAGGAAGUACCUCCCCCUGAGGAGCAAGAAGCUAUCUAUAGCGAGGCUGAAGAUGGUAAACCCAAACCAAUUCCUGUGGCUGAGUUUGCGAGAUACUACAGGAACAAGUCAGAGAAUGGAGCAAUUGUGCUGCGAGAGGAAUUUAAGAAUUUACCAGGAGGUUUGCAGUUUUCCUGGGAAAUCGGCAAGAACAACAGAGCUAAGAACCGUUAUGGGAACAUAGUGUCCUGUGAGUAUAUUUCAUUAAUAUUUUCUAGUAUCAUGGUUUGAUACACCAGGGAAUAUCGGUAGUUCUCAAACUCAUUAA